GCAUGGCGACGGCCCCUGCAUCACUCCGCGCUGCGCCGCAACACACUGCAGCGCACGGCGACAGCCGAUCGGGAGGUCUGCAGACUUCCGCCGUGCUCCUGGCGGCCGCGGCCCUGCGCCGAGCACAUCGCGGCACCUCGGUGGCCCGACGUGCGGAGAAAGGAGCCACUGUGGUCGGCGUGGAAUCUGAAGAUGCUGAGGCACUUGCCAAGGAGGCUGCAAAACUCCGUGCAGAAGCGGCGGAGUUGGAGGCAGAGCAGGAGGAGCUGCGACGGAAGGAACGGCAGGCGCUUUUCAAGAUUCUGGACACCGACAGCUCCGGGGCGCUCGAUGCCAAGGAGCUGCAGAAAGGCGUAAAAGAUGUGAUGGGCGGCCUGGAAGCAGACAGCAGCGAUGUCACGGACGAGCAAGCCGAGCGGUUGGUGACGGCCCUUGACUUGAACGGCGAUGGCAUCAUCCAGCCAGAGGAGCUUGACUUCACGGCCGUCCAGACGCUUCUCAGAGAGCUACUUGGGCUCGCAUUUCACGCCAAGCUCCCGCCGUACUUGUUCCGCAAAGAGAUGCAGACGAAGGAGGAGGCCGAGCGCACGGCAGCCUAUGCGUCCACGGAGGAGGAGCUCCUCCGAAAAGAGUGGGAUGAGUUCUUGGCAAACCGACCGGCGCGCAACGAGGACACCGGUCUUCUGACUCGGAUCGGUUCGCUCCUCGCCUACGCACUGCCCUUGACCGAUGCGCUGCGCUUCGGAAUGUUCCUCUUUGCCGCGUUCCCCGAGAUCCAGCCACUGCUGGACUUCCUGGUGGUUCCUGUCGUCCUCGUUAACGCACUGCCGUUUGGCCUAGGCUACUUGAUCCUCUUUUUGAGCAUGCAGGCUUUGGCCACGAAUCGGGACCUUCCCGCACUGCUCCGCUACAACCUUCGCCAGGCGAUCACGCUCGACAUCUUCCUGGUCUUCAUGAGCCUCGUCGGUGGACUGAUACAGGGCAGCGCCGUCCUCUUCAACACCCCUUUGCCUCUGGAAGUCAUCGGCUUGGCCAGUACGGCCAUCUACUUCGCAGUGACCGGCGCCUGCAUCUACUCGAUUGUCAUCAGCCUCACUGGGAAAUUCCCGAAGGGCCUCGGUCCCAUCACCGAGCUUGCCGAAUUCCAGAUCUUUGACACCGCCCCGAGCGAUGGCGAUGAGGACACCGCCAAGUACUUCGACCAGAUCUUCAAGAACCGACCCAAGGACGAGGAGGAGAAGUGA